UAUUCCUCUGUUGAAUUAUAUAUAUUUUACAAUGGCUUCAGCUAUUUCUCUGCCACAUCUGACGGUAAUAAAGCUUGAAUGGCACGCAGAAGGCAUCCUGGUGAUGUCAUUUAACCGUCCACAGUACAUGAACUCGUUGUCCCGUGCGUCGUGCACUGAAUGGAAGCAGGUGAUGGAGCUGGUCCACCAAACACCAUCCAUCCGUGUGCUUGUCAUUACAGGUAGCGGCCGCGCCUACUCUGCUGGCCAAGAGCUCCCCACACCCAAGCAGAAUGCUUCCGGAGAAGAAGAGAACGAGAGAUUACGUGCAAAUAUCGAGCUCUCACGCCAGUUGACCAAGCUUCUGAUCACCUCGCCCGUCCCGAUCAUAGCCGCAGUAAACGGACCGGCCAUCGGCUACGGCUGCACUUCGCUGGCGCUCUGUGACUUGGUCAUUUCGGUAGAGCAGGCUGUGUUUCGCACACCCUUUGCAGAACUGGCAUUAUGCGCUGAAGGGUGUAGUUCGGUAACUUUCCCCAGAAUUCUUGGCCCGAUGGUCGCAAACGCCAUGCUUUUGUUCUGCAGGGCUAUGAGCGCAAAGGAAAUGCACCAAAGAGGUUUUGUUGACAGACUGGUAAAGUCUGAAGAUUUGAUGCCUGUCACUAUGGGCGUGGCAAAAGAGCUGGCGAGCCGCUCGCAGGCAGCUAUAAGUGCUUCUCGAUCAUUGUUGCGCCACCAAGAGUUGGUUGAUGAGUUGGUUCGGGUGAACGAUAGGGAAAUGGACGAGAUUUACAAGCGUGCUACGUCAGCGGAUUCGAAGCAGGCUAUUGCUGCUAUUCUCAAACGUAUGCAAUCUAAGGGUGCUCGCCCAAAGAUGUAGCUAGUAAUUUUAAAAUCUUUAUUGUGCCUGUUGCAGUAGUAAUAUUAUCCUUUGCUUAACAACUUU